AUGGAUACCAUAGGAGAUGUCGUUCAUAAAAAAUUCACAUACAUCUAUGUUUCUUCGGACAUCAAUACUCCAGUUAAAGCGCUUGAGUUUUCGGGAAAAGAGAAUGAUUUUAGGGAUUUGCUGACAGGACACUUCACGCGACACCACUUGCUGCCCGAGGAGCGGCAAAACUUCGAAAAAUACCUCGUUAAAGAGUACGAGGAGAACAAAAACAAAAAUAAGGCCGAAGAAGGUUCUUCCAACUCGUUUAAGCUCACACCGGACUUCCUGAGUAACACAAUCGACACCGCUGGCUCAAACUACCAGAUCAUUCCUCUAACUCUACCCAGCGAUAAAACAAACUAUCUCGGCAUCAACUGUUAUAUUGACAGCAUCGGCAGGGUGAAGAACCUUCCGAGCAACUCCAGGAUGACUCGCAUCUGUUCAACCGGUACCCUCAGACUCCCACUCAAUUCUUCAGACAUUCGCGGAGACUGCUUCAUCUCGAGGACCUACGACGACGAGGACGUGUUCAAGCGGGUCGACUUCACGAUGGACGACUACAACGAGCUUCUGGAGAACCCUCCGUCCGCCGAGGGAAGGUUAGUCUCAGAUUCGCCAUGUGACCUUAGGUGGGACGCCUCGAAGGCGUUUUCGAACGCCCUCACGCAGAGCUCCGCGACUGCUAGUGCGAAGGAAGAGGUGAAGAACUCGUGCGAAAACUGCAAGAAGGUACGUCACUGUAGCUGCUAUUACUGGUGUUACUUGUGUUACUGGUACUACUGCUGUUACUGGUGUUACUUGUGUUACUGGUAUUACUGGUACUACUGGUGUCAAUCUAUUACUGGCAAUUCUGGCGCCAACGCUGUUUAG